AUGGCAGAAAUAAAACAAGCCAGUUAUGACGGUACGGGAGAUGUAGAUUUGUGGCUUAUGAAAAUGAAGUUCUAUUGUUCUACAAAGAAAUUUGAAGGUAAACAAGAAGCUCACGCCAUAGCGAGUAAACUCGAGGGGGCGGCGUUUCUAUGUAUUGCGAGAUUAAACGAUGAACUUCAAGAUGACCCAAAAGAAGUUAAAGCCGCUUUAAGGAAGGAAUUCGACAAAGAAUCGAUCGACCACGAGAAAGCUGUCGACGAAUUACGAGGUUUAAGGCGAAAGGCGGUGAAACACCAGCACAGUUAG